GCAGCUCCCGGCAGCCCCUGCGGCAAACGGCACCAUGGCGGCGGCGGGCGCGGAGGAGCGGCCCGGGUCGCGGCGGGACAGUGGCAGUGGUGAGGACUCCUUGGACACGCUGCUGAGCCGCCUGCCGCUGACGCCCAUGCUGUCCCCGCGGAAGCGGACCAUGAGCCAGUCGAAGACGGAGCCCCCGCUUCUGCGGACUAGCAAACGGACCAUUUACACGGCGGGGCGGCCGCCCUGGUACACCGAGACGGGCACGCCCUUCAAGGAAGCCUUUGUCAUCGGCCUGUGUGGAGGGAGCGCGUCAGGCAAGACCACGGUGGCCAAUAAGAUCAUUGAGGCCCUGGAUGUGCCCUGGGUGGUGCUGCUGUCCAUGGACUGCUUCUAUAAGGUGCUGAAUAAGGAGCAGCAGGAGCUGGCUGCCCGCAACGAGUACAACUUCGACCACCCCGACGCCUUCGACUUCGACCUGCUGAUCAGCGUGCUGCGCAAGCUGAAGAAGGGCAAGAGCGUCAAGGUGCCGGUGUACGACUUCACCACGCACAGCCGCCGCAAGGAGUGGAAAACCAUCUAUGGGGCCAAUGUGGUCGUGUUCGAGGGGAUUUUAUCUUUUGCCAAUAAGGAGCUGCUGAAGCUCCUGGACAUGAAGGUGUUUGUGGACACGGACUCCGACAUCCGGCUGGUGCGGCGGCUGCAGCGUGACAUCAUGGAGCGCGGGCGUGACAUCGUCGGUGUCAUCAAGCAGUACAACAAGUUCGUGAAGCCGGCCUUCGAGCAGUACAUCGAGCCCACCGUGCAGGUGGCCGACAUCGUGGUGCCCAGAGGUGGGGAGAACUUUGUGGCCCUGGAUCUUAUUGUGCAGCAUGUGCACAGUCAGCUGGAGAAGCGUGAAAUCACGGUCAGAGCGGCCCUGGCCUCUGCCCACCAAGGGCAGCCGCUGCCCAAGUCGCUGAGUGUCCUCGAGAGCACGCCGCAGGUGCGUGGCAUGCACACCAUCAUCAGGAACAAGGACACAACCAGAGACGAAUUCAUCUUCUAUUCCAAGCGCCUGAUGAGGCUGCUGAUUGAACAUGCCCUCUCCUUCCUGCCACUCAAACCAGUGACUGUGGAGACGCCUCAGGGGACCGUGUAUGAAGGGAAGCGGUUCCACAGGCAGCGGAUCACAGGUGUGUCCAUCCUGCGGGCGGGGGAGACCAUGGAGCAGGCGCUCACUGCUGUCUGCAAAGACAUUAGACUGGGCAAGAUUCUGAUCCAGACCAACCACGACACAGGGGAGCCUGAGCUUCACUAUCUGCGGCUUCCCAAGGAGAUCAGUGAAGAUUAUGUCAUCCUGAUGGACAGCACCGUGUCCACGGGGGCUGCAGCCAUGAUGGCCGUGCGCGUCCUGCUGGAUCACGAUGUUCAUGAGGAGAAGAUCUUCCUGCUGUCCCUGCUGAUGGCAGAGAUGGGGGUUCACUCUGUGGCCUACGCCUUCCCCCGUGUCCGCAUCAUCACUACAGCUGUGGACAAGAGGGUCAACGAGGAAUUCCACAUCAUCCCUGGCAUCGGUAACUUUGGAGACAGGUACUUUGGUACUGAUGCCCCCUCUGCCUGGUGUGAGAGUGAGAGCACGGACUACUGAGCUGGCCUCCCCGCCUUGCGCAAUGGCCUCCCUGCCCCCUCCCUCUAGCCUUGCCCUUCUGCUCCCCCAGGAUGGCCCCUCCCGGCUGGCCUCACAGGUCCUGUGGAACUUAGUGGGAUGCUACUUCCCUCUGGAGCACACGCUGUUGGGCGGGCAACCGUUUGGAAAGUGCCCAGCAGCGCCCUCCAGUGUAGGUCCAGGGCAGAGACUGCCUGUGGCCUGGUGUCUGCAUGCUGGGCACACUCCUUGUGCCCCCUUGGGCGGAGGGGGGAUCAGAUUCUCCCUGUGGCCACACGGAUGUGGGUGCGUGUGGAGGUGGUAAGAGACUCUCUAUGGCCUGGAAGGGGUGAGGUGAGGCCCAUGCACUGGCUGGGGCAGGCUCUGUAUGUUUAUUUGCUCUGAGCAGUUACUCCCCCACGUUCCGGCUCAGGGGCCAGCUACUUGAAAAAUUGUCAGGGACAAAGGGUCAAAUGGAAGGGAACAGCCCCAUCUCCCUCAACCUGCAGCUCUACUCUUCCCCCCCCCCCCCGCCCACCUCAGUGCCCUGAUAGUACAGAACAUAAGGACGGCCGUACCGGGUCAGACCGAAGGUCCAUCCAGCCCAGUAUCCUGUCUACUGACAGUGGCCAAUGCCAGGUGCCAUGGAGGGAGUGAAGCUAACAGGCAAUGAUCAAGUGAUCUCUCUCCUGCCAUCCAUCUCCAUCCUCUGAUGAACAGAGGCUAGGGACACCAUUCCUUACCCAUCCUGGCUAAUAGCCAUUUAUAGAUGUAGCCACCAUGAAUUUAUCCAGUUCCCUUUUGCACAUUGUUAUAGUCCUGUAUGUGGGGCAGGGCCCUGGGGCUGUUUAGCCUGGAGCAGUCUGGUGCUGGCAGGGAACUAGGGCUUGUGCAGAAUAGGAGGUGCCCCUCACCUUCCACAGUGGGCAUUCUAGCCAUGGGCCAGGUUAGUGAGUCUGGCAGCUCCCUUUUCUCUGGGUCACUGGCCACAGCUGAGUGACCAGGCCGCUCUGCUGCUCUGGUGGAGAUGCUCAGCCUCUCUGGGAGGUAGGUAGGGGAUUGCAGUUCAUCCCUAUGCGGGUGUAGGCUUGUGAGGAGACCCUGAGCUCCUUCCUUGACUCCUGUCUCAUGC